GCUAUGGACCUUUAAAAACUAAUAUUGCUAAUCAGUGAGGCAGUGCAUGACCUCGUUUACUGUCGACACAACAGUUAAUAGAAGAUGUCCAGACGGUGAAAAGUUUACUAUAACAGUAGUGUCCGCCGAGAGUCUCACCUUUCCAACGCUCCUGUGUUUAAAAAAUGCAUGUCUGCUAACCAUCCAGCCAUCACUCACCUGCUCCUCUUUCUACUGUUAAUGCAUGCCCUCCUGUAUAGAAAAUAAAACUACUCACCCCUGCUUGCAUGCUGUGCUGUGAAUGAGGCAGCAUGAGGGAGAACAGGGAUAACCCUCUGGCACUGUUGUCUAAGAGGUCAUGCCAGAACCAGGCGGACUACCGGCGAGAGCUAGAGAGCCUGCAAGCAGACUUGGAGGCAGAAAAGAUCCGAACGCUGUGGGCCUGCGGGCAGCUUGGCGUAGAGCUUCGGCGCCUACGAGAAGAAGCGGAGCAGGAACACGAGAGGGCCGUGAGGGAGCUGGCGGCCAGGCAAACCCGAGGUAGAAAUCUCUUGGCUGAAGAGAGGACGAUUAAAAACACAGAGCAACACAGCAAGGUGAAGUCUGCAGGGGAAACGGGCUUUGAUCUCAGCAGUGGACAUUCAAAGCUGGAGAAAUUUCUCCUCAUACUUUAUGAGAAGAUAAAUGGGAAGCAGGCAAGUUAUCAUUUUCAUCAUAGGCAAGGAUCUGAGCUAGAAAAGGCUGUCUUCCUCUGCCGCCUUCUAGAGGCUCAUGGGAGGCUGUUGCAGUGCACUCAAAGUUCAAGACCUCAAAGCAACGUCGCAAGGAGCUUCUCAAAGAAGCCAAGACGACCCCAGACCUGCUCCAACAGCCAGAGAGUUUUACCUCCAUACUACAGAAAGUCCAAACCUGACCAGAGGAAGCAGCCUUCAAGCAUCAGCUUCCACACUGCUGGGCCAUGCACCUGUAGGCCAGUCACAGGUGGCGGUCAGUUAAGAUCGCUGAAAAUCUGUCAACCCCACAACUCCACCCAUGCACUUCAGGAACACCGCCCAUCGCUCUGUGCUGAGUCUUCUUCAUCAGACGAGUCCUCAUCCACCACAGGCACCAAAAGAAACAUGGAGAAUGGGAUGGAUUAUGAAUUGCUGGUGCGUCAGAACUCAGAGCUCCUGCGAGCCCUCGACGAGCUGGAGAAGACUUGCAACACUCUAAAGGAGGAGAAUGGCCUGCUGAGAAAGAGCAGCGCCCCAGAGACUGAGGAGAAGGUCAGGCGGUUGAGGAGAAAGAACACCGAGCUGACUGUUCUUGCAAAGAGACUGGAAGAAAGAGCGAGGAAACUACAGGAGGCCAACCUCAAAGUGGUGAAUCCUCCUUCGCUUAUUAGACCUGGUGCCGUGGAGCAGUACAAAAGAGCUUUUGCCCGCCAACGAGCUCGUGACCUGGCCCAGCAUGCUGAUGCACUGCUAUGUAAGGACAAAGAGAUUGCUUCUCUGCAGCAGGAGUGCCGGCAGCUCGAGGCACGGCUGGGACCCGCCAAGGAUUCCCCUGUUCGGUCGCCUCAGUUGGAGUACGAGAAGCUCCUCAGAGAGUCUCAGAAGGAGGUGUUGCGGCUCCAGAGGCAGCUGUCCGUCACUUCCACCCAGCAGCGGGGCGACUUCAGGCACGACGGUGACGGCACCGAAAAGAGUGAGGAAAACGCCAAAGAGUCAGGCCAGGGGAAGGAGCGGGAGCUUUGCAGGAAGAGAAAAGAAUGUGAAAACCUUGAGCAUGAAGUAAAGAAGCGACAGAAGAGAUGUCUGGAUUUAGAGAGCCAGCUUGAGGAUGAGCGAGGCAAACAUGAGCAACUAAAGGAGGAGGCAGAACUCCUCAGGAGGAAGGCGCAGCUGCUCGACCAGGAUCGGGCUGAGAAUGAGGAGCUGAGGGAAGAUCUCUCUGAAGUGACCGCUCAACACAAUUCAGUUCUCGAAGAGAACCAGAAACUCCGUGCCAAACUGGAGAACCUAGAGCAGGUCCUAAAGCAUAUGCGAGAGGUCGCCGAGCGAAGGCAGCAGCUGGAGUUGGAGCAUGAGCAGGCACUGGCUAUCCUUAAGUUCAAGCAGGAUGAGAUCAAAAGGUUGCAGCGGGCUCAGUUAUUUGCCAAGAGGGAACAUGAAGGAGUGGUUCAGAUGCUGGAGGCAUUGACUGAGCUCGUGCUGCGGAGGGAGCUGUCAAAGGUACGAGAGCUGGAGGAGAAAUGUCGCAGUCAGAGUGAGCAGUUUGGCCUGCUGUCCCAGGAGCUGGAGAAGUUCCGACUGCAGGCCUCCAAAGUGGACCUGGCCAGUUCUACGCUCCUCAACAACCCGGGCCUCUCAGUUCUGACCAACGGAGUGGGCCUGACUACUGAACGAGACGGCUCUGGUGUCACACUGGACAUGGUGUCUCUGGGGGAAAUAGCCUUCUGGAGUCUCGAGGGAGGUGACCCUCUCUCCUGCCCGGAGGGUGACGACCCCCUCGAUGUGGCUGCUGCUUUACGCCGGGGGUCCACGCCGCACGCUGCUGGACUCUCUAGGGUGGAGCGCUCACCUGUCACCAAGCACCGAGAGCUGCCCAGCAUCAGCGUCAGCAAGUCAGGCUCUUCUUCCAAGUCGGAAGCCGCGCACCUCACCCCCAAAUCUGACACCCACCUCAGCCCGCACAAAUCAAGCCCAACACACGAGGUGGACACUGCCAGUGAAGUGGAGGACCUGGACGUCGAUGUGGCCCCGGCACCGUACACGGCCAGCCGGGGAGCGGCGAAGCUUCAGGUGUUUAUUGCCAGAUACAGUUAUAAUCCAUAUGAUGGUCCAAACGACAACCCUGAGGUCGAGCUACCGCUGACUGCUGGGGAAUACAUCUAUGUUUACGGAGACAUGGAUGAUGACGGCUUCUAUGAAGGUGAGCUGAUCGAUGGGCGGAGAGGGCUGGUUCCCUCCAACUUUGUGGAGCGUGUGUCAGACGACGACGUAAUGAGCGCUCAGCACCCUGAGACUGGGGACGUGUCCCACAACUCCCUGCUAGACAGCAGCUUGCACAGUGCCAGCCACCAGCGUCACCUCCAGGUGGGCGUCAGCACCUUGGAGAGGACGGAGGCCCCGGCAGCCUCCGGCCCCGCCUCGACCCUCUCAGAUUCAGCGUCGGCCUUGUCUGUCCCCGCCCCCCUCACCAACGGCCUGGACUUGGAUUUGGAGGAGGUAGGAGUGGACGUUGUGCCUUACCCACGCAAACUUACCCUCAUCAAGCAGCUCGCCAAGAGCAUCAUCAUUGGCUGGGAUCCGCCAUUGGUGCCGGCCGGGUGGGGAAACGUGUGGAGCUACAAUGUGUACGUAGACCAGGAGCUGCGUCUGAAUGUGCCAUUCGGCGCCCAGACCAAAGCGGUGCUGGAGCGGCUGGACAUUAACCUCAAAGCCUACCGGGUGUCGGUCCAAAGCCUCACGGAGAAAGGCCUGUCGGACCAGCUCCGCUGCAGCAUGCUGGUCGGCCGGGACGUCAGCGUGGCGCCGACGCAGCUGCGCGUGGACAGAGUUACCGCCACAUCUGCCAGCCUGACCUGGCUGCCCAGCAACAGUAACUACGUGCACAUUGUGUCCUUGAACGACGAGGAGUGCGAGCUGGUGAAGGCCGGCUGCUACUCGCUGUGCCUCAACAACCUCCAGCCCAGCCUGCAGUACGCAGUCAAAGUGGAGGCGCGGCCGCACCGGACGCCCUGGGAGCUGCCUGUGGAGCGGCGGGAACACAGGAGCGCCACCAUUACUUUCAGCACACUAAUGGCAGGUCCCCCUGAUGCCCCGCUGGACGUACAGCUGGAGCCCGGCCCCUCUCCUGGGAUCGCGUUAAUCAGCUGGCUGCCGGUCACUAUAGAUGCUGCUGGCACCUCUAACGGAGUCCGUGUCACCGGAUACACUAUAUACGCGGACAGGAAGAAGGUCUUGGAGGUGGCUUCCCCUACAGCUGGAAGCGCUCUGCUGGGCCCCUCUCAGAUCCAGUCCCUCCAGGCAGCUCAGGAGCUCACUGUCCGCACCAUGUCUGCUCAUGGGGAAUCCUGCGACUCUUUUCCAGUAAACGUGCCCUCCAGGCUGGCUGCUGUCAUGGCAGGCCCUACUCCAACCGCCCCAGUUGUGCCACACCUCCCCUGCAGCUCUGUAGCUCGCAAUACCCUGCCCCCUCCAUCCUUCUAUGGAAACCCUGCUGCCAAAGUCUCUGUGCCGCCCAGCUCUCUGCCAUCAGGCCCACACAGGCCGGGUCCUGCAGCGGAGGCUGCUGCCAACCUGCCUCAGGCUCACCACGCCCAAGAUCACCUGGCAUCUGCCUCCUAUGUGAAGGCCUGGGCCGACCCCUACUCUGCUGCUGCCUUGACUGUCUGCGAGGCCACAUUACCAGUGGCCCCCCCCAGUCCUCCAGUGGUGAAUGUGGCCUGCCCCAUCAACACAGCUCCUCAGCCAUCUCCAGCACUGGCGACACCUCCUCCAGAUGCGGCACCAGCGCCGGUGUUGGAUCUACGCAGAGACACGGACAGCCCCGGAACAAUACGUCCUUUCCCAUCCAUCACAGAGUUCAUCGAGGACCCCUGUGCCAAGCUCGGGACCCCUGAGCGCGUCCCGAGUCCACCUAAAGCCCCGAUCGUCGACCUCCUGAACCCACAGAGCACCAACGUCCUGCGACCACCCAGCACCUCACCGCUGGAGUCGGAGGUGGAAGAGGAAAUGGAGAACACUCGCCUGGUGUCCAUUGAGGAGUUCCUGAGGCAAGACCAAGAACCAUCGUACUGCAGCAGGCAGCAGAGUUAUAGCAGAGGGCUGGUGGAGCCUCACAGUGACUACCAUGCCAACAACAGCCGCUCUGAUCUGUCAGAUAUCCUGGAGGAAGAGGAGGAGGACCUGUACUCUGGAGAAUCUCAGUCCAGGGGGUACACUGUAGGAGCCAACAGGGUGCCCAGCCAAAUCCCUCCAGCUGUGGCAGCAGGCCCGUCCAGGGCUGGCCAGGCAGAGCCGUCCUCUAAAGCGAUGAGCCCCCAUGCCAGGCAGUACAAAGGUGAAUCACCAAAGAUGAAAGGAGACAGUGGCGUGCGCCUCUUUGUGGCCCUUUUUCCAUACGACCCUGUCACCAUGUCUCCCAAUCCUGAUGCUGCGGAGGAGGAGCUGCCCUUUAAUGAAGGACAGAUCAUCAAAGUUUAUGGAGAUAAAGACGCGGAUGGGUUCUACCGGGGGGAGACGGGUGGCCGCCUGGGCUACGUUCCGUGUAACAUGGUGUCUGAGAUCCAGGUGGAGGAUGAGGAGACCCAGCAGCAGCUACUGCAGCAAGGCUUCCUUUCCACAGCUACCUCCAUGGAGAAGAUCGGCUCUCGCACAUACGCAGAGCUUCCACGCCGCCCUGUUCCACCGCCGAAACCGAGACGAUCCAAGAAAGUGGAGUCUGCAGCGCUCUGGGAGGAGAGCAUAGACUCCUCCAGUCGAGAUCCCAGCCAAAGUGCCGCCGCUGCAGGGAAGCAGGCCUCAGGGGCUCGAAGGAUGAUUGCCAUUUUUGACUAUGAUCCCAGAGAGAGCUCCCCCAACACUGAUAUAGAGGCGGAGCUGACUUUCAGCGCAGGAGACAUCAUUCACGUCCUUGGGGACAUGGACGAAGAUGGUUUCUUCUACGGAGAGCUGAACGGACACAGAGGCUUGGUUCCCUCCAACUUCCUACAAGCCUUCCCUGAUGAACCAGAACCAGCCAGUGUCCAGAACCCGGCCCCAGAACUCAGGAAAGAAUCCCAGAAUAGUUGCACAUCCUCUUCAGAACAAGACUUGGAUCCCACAGCAGCAGAAGAGGCUUCACGCCCCCCAGCUGACCCCUUUAGUCCAGACAUGACCCAACAAACAGGCCGUCUACCCCAGCUAGAAGCCACCGCUUGUCCAGCCCCUGUCCUGGACACUGCUCCAGAUCCAGCCGCAGGACAGGUCUGCUGCUCUCCUUCGGACAGCACGGCAUCCUCAGAGUCCACUGUUCAGCCCAAGAAGAAGAAGAGCUUUUUCUCCAAAGGCAAGAAACUGUUAAAAAAACUGGGAUCCAGCAAGAAAGAAUAAGACCCUGGACACUCACAUCACGUUUUAAGCACUUUUUCUGUCUGUACCGUUGGUCUCAUUUGGUAACUGAUACUGUUUGCAGUGAGCUGAUGCUUUAAACAUCAGGAACUAAACAUUUGCCUUAGACCAGCUGUAAACUUGGACUUAGACACGCAGCAUGCAUCACCGCAUGUGGAACCACGCAAACUCGCUGAUGUUACUCUAAAUUUCCUCUGCGUCGUCAGAGUUAAAAACAUGGCAAUAAUUAAAGGAAAUGCAAGAACUAUUUACUUAUUUAAUGCUGAGCAGUGUUGAUUAGGAGGCCGGACGUUACCCAGACUCACACGGCCGAGUCAACGUUAGCUUUAACGCUCAUAUGCGUGUGCCACCUUAUUUAUUCAUCUACAGCCAUCAGACAGAAACAGCACUUCUUUCUUUCUCCUUCUGUCUGGCUGUUAAAAAAUGCACUAUCCAUCCUGUAGGGAUGUCUUUAUGUUAUAUCGCCAGGUGUUUUUUCAUACUAAGUCAUAUUUAUAUGUGUAUGUAUGAAGUAGCAUCAGAUGUUAGCUGGUUAGCUUGGAACCGUUGGUCCUGAUCGGUGUUUUUAAACCUCGAACCACUGUGUUUUGGAGUCGAAGCGAGGCAAAUAAAAUCCACUAGCGGUCUGUGUGAGUUAAUUACAGGCACAGAUGUGAAAGUCUUUAAAUACAUUUAGAUUUUGUUGUAGCGACGCUUUCUUCACACUAAGAACGUGAAAAAAAUCUAACUUUUAGCUAAAAAGAGACAAAUGUUUGGUCCCUCAUAAAUCCUCCACAGUCACUUAUCUUAACACACUUUAAGGGUGUGGAAGGUUUAUUUUGCGCCAUUUUUCUGUCAUUUUCCCAAUAUAAUGACGGAUUUGGUCAUUGCUUUGAACCCAGUUAGCUCUAUAGCCGCCAGCAUUCCCCAUAUGGACCAGGAAGGGGUCGAUUUAGCUCAUAAUAGGCUAACAGCUAACUCAUCCUACAGACACAUGAACAAACUUCUUGUUAAUUUUAAGCAGACUGAGCCCUCCUCACCCCUCUUUACUAACACAAACCCGAGCUUUUCUCAUGCCUCCCACCUUUAAUCUGCUCACAGAUGCUCGCCCACUCAUCAGCUUAGAAACUACAGGCCCGUUCAUUGAUUUGAUUCAGGUUGGUUCUUCCGGAAACCAAAGGAAAGAACCUGAUUAGAGCGACAGAGAGCAGUUUGCCGGGCGCUGUGGCUUGACUCUGGUUUGAUGGUUUGAAUGUAGCAUUUCACAGGAGCAUCACUUCCUGCGUUCGAGCAGAGCGUCUGCACUGAAUGAUACUCUCCCCUAUGUCUUCUCUUUCACCUCCAUAUUAGGAGUAAAGUGAACUCUGUGUUACAACAUAAAUGUUCACUAUUAGCAUAUGCAGCGUAGUUAGGAUUUCUGUCAACUCAUUUUCACCAGAACCAUAGUGAAGUGUUUAGAAAUGCUGCCUAGCUUUGACUUUAGUUCUACAUAACGCUCUGUUAGAGGAUUAGGACCAAGCUUUGUUGUUUAUAACGUUGCUUAUUGAUUAAAGCGGAGCUGCAGUAGGCGUUCGGUUUGGUUGCAGACGUGUGGAGCGGGCCCUCUUUCACCAGUUUCCCUGUCUCCGUCUGUGCUGCCCUCAGGCAGCUCCUCAGGUUUUCAUCUGUAGUGUUUUUAGGCACAUGUUAGAUCUAGUCAUCACCAAGCUGCAGAAUAUGCCAAAAUGUUAGGUGCUUUGCUUUUUACCACAGUUAUGAGAGACCUAAUAUUCCCAGCAGCGAUGGGAAGUGGGAGGGAUUUCACCGGGAUGGGUUAGGGUUCCUUAAUUAUUUUUUUUUUGCAAUAUUUCAGUUAAUUUAUAAAGGGAGCACGAAAAUGCCAAGAAUGAAACAAGGGGACGGUUUGUCAAAGACACUUUAGAUGAGGAGUCGGCGGGAUAGAUGCAAGCCAGAGGCAGUACUGUAAGCUUUCUUUUCUUGUGUUUCUUUUUUUCUCUACUUUGUGUUUUAACAAAGGGUGGAUGCUCCAAAGUUGGCGAAAUGUUCAGCAGAUGGUUGUAAUGUAUUCGACGGCCUUUAAUGUACCAGUCUAGACCUCUUAUCUGCUGCGUAGCAACACGAGGGGCUCCUCCGCUCAGUGGCUCGGACUUAGACCCAUGUAGAUAGUUUUAGCUCAGAUGAUCAUAUCUAGCCUUACAAGAAGACCUUGUUUAGUCUUAAUAUGUUGUUUACAGGACGUUUGCAUGCAUGUUCUACCCAUGUUCGCCUUAUUUACGUUGCUGUCACAUCUCAGCUGGCUAGGCAGGAUCGAAGCUGCAGCGGGAGAGAAGCUGUGUGUAUAUACGGUUAUAUUUUCACAGAAAAUCUUUCUGUCUUUCCUCAUCUACAUUCAUUGUUAAAAAAAAAUACUGAUGAACCUUUUUAUAUAUGAUUAUUCUUUUAUUGCCCUUUCUGAAAGCUCAUCUGUAUAUAUUUUGACAAUAUUUUAUUUUGCUGUUUUUUUGCAUGUCCGAGCCGCGUUGUUGUUGGAGGACUGUAGUUCAGACAGAUAUUCUUGACUUGAAAAUGUGGUGAAUUCUUUCAAUAUUUUUUUUUUUUUUACUGAAAUAAAA